CACAGACUGGAACAUCCUCGCCUUGCUUUCUGCGAUGUCUGUUUUCAGUCAGAAGUCGAAGCCUGUCAGAAGAAGUCAGGAGAUGAGUGCCAGUCAGAACAACGUUGACAGCAGCAGGAAGAAGACCAGUCUGCUGAAAGACAACAGCUGGAUCAGAAGCAGCAUGGAGGAGGAGGAGGAGCAAGUGGACCUGCAGUCGGAGGUGGGCCAGCCCAUCCCUGCCAGACCGUCCCUGCCAGCCCAUCCCUGCCAGCCCGUCCCUGCCAGCCCCAGCACCCCAGUCAACCAUCUGACCAAGAGCCCUCCACUUCCUCCGAAGACCAAGACUGUUUUAAGCACCACCUCAAAGAGCAUGAACGAUCCCAAGACAGCCAUGAGUCCUGGGAGCACCUCUCCAAAGUCCCUAAACUCCCCAAAGUCCCUAAACUCCCCCACGUAA